AUGGCGUAUCGAAUGAAAGCACCGGCUGGUGUUAUCGUGAUCGGGUCGGCUGAUAACAAUUUACAUGUGAACGUUUUGCGCUUAUGUAUUGAACGAUUCACACAACGUACUGUUGAGCGAGCGUUACUGGAUGAUAUUGUCGACUUCAUGGAACGUUACUGUUCACGAACGUCAAAGAAUGUUUUGCCACUGAGACCAAUUUUGCCACGUGAGACCAACGAUGUGGAUCUGUCCAUAUUCAAAGGAUCGUCAAAUUCGAACUUUUCGCCGCGUUACGUUCCGGCUGCCGAGAAACGUGAACUGCAGUCGACAAAACUACAAGGGAAACGACCGUUUAUUGACUGGUAA